CCACACUGCCAUUCACGUGUCACCUCUGUCGUGCCGCUGUGCUGGUGUGCUGUGGGGGCGAUGGGUGCCUGCUGUGUGUGAGGAAAAUCAUGGGGUGUUAGAGGAGGUGUCAUCAAGGUGGGCAGUGUGCGGGCGGCAUGGUGUGGGCGGGCACCCUGGCGGUGGUGGUGAUGGUGAUAGUGGUGGUGGUGCGUGGAGAAGCGUCUGUGAAAUGGAGAAAUAUUAGUCGUGACCGCCGGUUUAGGCCGUUUGACCUGGAGACUUACGAGCGAAUACAAGCUGCGAAAGAGAGGCACAUCCACCUGACGCUGCAGGUCGCUGACACCCACGUGCAGCUCUUCAUCAAUGACGUUCUCGAGUAUGAAGUCAAAGGGAAGAGACCGUCGAGGGUAAGUCCAGGGUCGACGCAUUCCGGCGUGCACGUGUUGGUGGUGCACGAGUCUCGCGGCCAUCUCAUGAUGGCCCAGCACUUCGUGACGCACCAGCCCGCAGAACAUCGGCGGUUGCGGCAGUGCCUGGCCACGGUGCAGCGCGGCAGGGUGGUUGUGCUGCUGGGGGCGCCGGAGUGGAUAAUGUUCCUGAGCCAAGAGGCGGAGGGCGCCCUCACAACACUGGGGUCAAAAUGGGCUUCGCGUGUUACUCAGGGUGAGACAUGGGCGUGGGUGGGCGUGCUGGGAGGAACCACCCUGGGCGAGGCUGUCACCACGAGGCGGCGGGAGCAAUACCCUUCGUGUAACCUGCUGUUGGACGUGUUCGUGGCGAAGACUCGGGAGUCAGGCAGCAGGUGUGCGUGGUACGAUGUCCCAGGCAUGCAGCGCCAGGCUACUUUCUGUGAGCAAUAUGAAGGUUAUGGCGACUUGUGUGCCUGCGAGCAGCCCUUCUUCCCUGAGACACGGAAACUGCAGAAAGCCAUUACGAUGCACGAGAAAAUCCCCGUCGUGGUGGUGACCGCCACUAAGCCUUAUUACUUAUACAGACUCCUCCGUCAGCUGUUCACGCAGGCGGGAGCGUGGCAGACGGACAUGUUGCUGGUGGUAGACGGCGCCCAUCAGGAGACACUGUCCCUGGCGGGCGUGCUGGGCGUGGCCUCACUGGUGCACCGCCCGGAAAGUGUCAAGAGGAACCGCACCAACGCCAACAUUCGCUUCGCUUUACAGAGUGUGUUCCGGCACUUCCCCGCCGCGGACAAGGCCAUCUUACUGGAGGACGACCUGCUUCUCUCCCCGGACUUCCUCAGAUUCUUUCAUCAGGUGGCGCCGCUGCUGGAUCGUGACCCCACCGUGUCCUGCAUUAACGCCUUCAACAGCAACAGUUUCCCCGACACGGCCAAGGAUCCUCGAGUGCUGCUGAGGGCCAGGUCUUAUCCCAUGUAUGGCUGGCUGGCCUCCAGAGCAUACGCCACCGAGAUCACUCGUAACUGGGUGCCUGAAGGGACAGGGGACUGGGAUCUGUGGCUGACGGGGGAGCGCUUGAGGAAGGGGCGUGACGUGGUGUCCCCUGAAGUGUCGAGGACCUUCCACGCAGGGUCAUCAGGGGUGCACGUCAACGGUUUUGAGCAGGAAAUCUACUUCAACCGCAUGAUCUACAACCACGACCCGGAGGUGACCGUCGGGGAAGUGGAUCUAACAGUGAGAGCCAAAUAUGAUGAGCUGCUGCAACGUGCCCUCAAGACAGCCCAGUCACUCACGCCUCCCUCCCGUGACCUGUGCAACAUGACCUGGGUGCCCCGCAACAGCCCGCGUCCCCUGGCCAUUUACCUGUACGCCGAGGACAGCACCGACAAGUACCACACCUAUGAAAUCUUCCUCAUGUGCUUCCGGACGUAUGAUAUCAGCACGCGAGAGAUAUACAGGGGCGUGAUGCGACUCAGAUGGGGCCACUCUGUCGUUUACCUGGUGGGCUGCCCUUACUCCCCGUUCUGCGUGUACAGCCUGGAGAAGAAGGCUUACCUUCCCUCGGUGGCGGAGCUGCAGAGGGCGGGGAAUUUCAGGGACGACUGGGAGAUGACACAGGUGACCAAUAACCACCGUUUGGCGCGUGACCCCAGCCGUCCUUCUAACCUUGACCUUACCAACGUUCUGAACAGUGGGAAGACUCAGGGUUCCAGUAGAGAUGCGUGACAUCUGACCUUUUAGAUGUGAAGUAAGGUUCUUUUGUUUUGUUAAUAUUUGUAAAGGAAAAGUGACCAUGGAAAAGAUAGAAAAAGUAUGAAUGAGUGAAUUUAUCUACAGCAAAUAGAUUGGAAUACAUAAGUGAGUAAGUUGAUGAAUAUAUGAAUGAAUAAAUAAGAAUGGAUAUGCCGCGUUCAAUUAUUUACUAUCUAACUCGAUAAAAAAAAUAUUCAGAGGAGUUUAGGAAGAGUUGAUUAAUUUAGCUCUAGAAGUGCAGUCAUGAGGAAAUAAAAAUGUGUUCACGUGCA